GUAUGCACAUCACAGCGAAGAAGUCACACUGUUUGUCUUGUGUUGAUGACGUAUUGUUGACGCGACUCUCCUGGAUCUAGCAAGAGGGACAGUUUUUAGCUAACGGAACUCUACUCUUACCGUCAACUAAUAACUGUUAUUUUAACGUCUUUCAGAUCCACCUGCCUCAGGUAUCAGUGAUGUCUCAGCAGACGGCCCCCCCCGCCCCGGACUCCCCCGCGCUGCUGGUCACCAGCAACGUGCAGAAAUAUGCCAUCAAGAAGAAGAAGGUCCUGAGCGUGGAGGAGGCGGAGCUGUUCGAGCUGACCCAGGCUGCGGGGGUCACCAUGGACCAGGAGGUCUUCAAGAUCAUAGUGGACCUGUUAAAGAUGAACGUGGCUCCUCAAGCGGUCUUCCAGACUCUGAAGGCGAUGUUGGCAGGUCAGAGGGUCGCUGAGAGCUGCGGCAUCGGGGAGUCUUCAACGGCGCCCCACACCACCAGCAUCACCACGGCACCAACCGAAGCCAGAGAAGAGGACUCUUUGGUCUCUGGAAAGAGCCCUAAGCGUCCUGCAGCCCCCCCCUCAGCGUCUGGCCCCAGAGCCACAAGGGUCAGCACUAAGAUUGUGGUCUACGGCUCCCAAGACGCUAACCCUCCUCACUCUCAAGUGCGCAGUAAGGCAGCAGCGGGCCACAGUGAGAGGAGCAGAGAGGCCUCCAGCCAGCGGGUGCAGCGGCAGCCCAGCGCCACCAGGGGGCCGAAGACCAAGAGCUCCGGCAGCAGCAGCUCCUCCUCUCAGAUAAACUCCACAUGAGCCCCAGGUCAACAUGACACCGUUUGUAAAUAUGUAGUUUUCUUUACAUCUAACUUAUCUCUAUGUAAAACUGAGUGAUGUGUUUUUAAAGGGUUGUUUCUCCCAAAUUACAAAAAACAAACACUUUUUUUUUCAUCAUUACAUGAGAGUUGAAUUUGUUUUUGUUAGUGCAGAUAACAGUAUUAAAAUGAAACGUAUUCACAGUGUUUUAGCCUACAGUUGUUAACAUUUUGGCUAAUUGGCACAGUUAAAAGUACGCUGAAUUAUUUAUUUACAGUUGCUAUUUCGAGUGUAGUAAUGGAUAUAAAGAAAACUAUCUCUGGAUGACUUUGAUACUGAGAAAAACAAAAACAUAUUAUUGUUCCAAGGCAAGUUCAGGAGCUAAUUUAAUUAAGUAGGUAUUACUAAUGUUCUUUUUGUAUUUUGGGUAAAGCAAUCCUUUACAUUUCAAACAUCAUGUAAGGUAGUCCGGAUGUCUCUUCAUUUUUUGUUCUGGCAGAUGUUUCUGUAAGUGAGGAAAGCCUUUUGUUGCGUUUAACUUUUAAGAGUAUGGCAGAAAAACUAAGAAAUAUUUAACUUUUUCUACACAAAAUGGAAAUGUCUGUAUUCAAUGUGCAACUUUUUUAUAAAAUGUAUCUUUAAUAAAUCCAAUAACAAUAUUCUUCCCUGA